UACAUGCAUAAUGACAUCGCCAUCAACAAGGAGGAUCGGAACUUCUGGAGGGCAAUGCGUAUACACAAUACACAUUUACUUCAAUAGUAGUAUACGUAAGCGUACGGAGCCAAUACAUUGUUUACGUGAAGGCAAACAUGAAAAACGUCGCUGGAGAGAAGAAGAAAAAAACAUAGUUAUGAAGGAAUUUUCGAAGUAUCUUAAAUCGACUAAAGGUCCUUCAACGGAUGAAGUUGAAGCUCUUCAAAAUAAAAAUCCUUGUUUAAGCCAACGAACAGUUGCACAAAUAAAAACUUGGUUUAACAACCAAUCAAAAGAAGUGAGAAGCAAUGAUUACAGUAAAGAAAAAAUUUCGACUCCAAAGGUUAGAAGUAUUCAGUCAGUUUGUAUAAAAAAUCUUCCACUUCAUAAAACUAAAAAUUAAUUACAUUCUAUGAUUAUUCACUGUAAAUUUUAUCUUUAAUUAUCUUAAUAUGUACUGGGCUAGAUAUAAUAAUUAUUAUCUAUUUGUUAUUCGAAUUGAAUGAUUAUACUUACAUUAUUACUUGUUACUUCAAAUGUUCAAUAAGGAAUUUUUACGAUUUUGUUAAUAAUAUUCGGAAAUUUGAUUCAAAUAAUUUGAUUCUUAAUGGAAAUAUUAACAUUAGAUGUUUUAAAAAUAAUACAUGAAAAAAAAAAACAAAAGGAUUUCUUGGCGCAUAAAAUUUUUACUCAUCCCAAGACAAUGUUUACUUGCUCUACGAAAUCAGUUGAAUUAUAAAUUGAAAACGAAAAUUUUCUCGGGGCGAAAAAUAAUUAUCUUGAGCCAAAAUACAAUUUUUUCUAGUUCGAAGAAAAUUUUGGUUUAUAUUUCAUAUUGAGAAAUUUUUCUUGCCCCAAGAAAUCCUUUUUUCCCAUGUUUGUUUAAAGAGAAAGACUGAUAGUUAAAAUUGGUUUUGUUUAAUACUAGUCGGUGUUAAUGAAUUUGGUAUUGAUUAAUUUUUUGAUUUAUUCAUAUCAAAUCCCUCGCAGAUUUGAAUCACGGUGGGAACACCGUGAAAGUGUAAACAUC